AUGUUCAAGAAAAAACCCACAAUCAAGAAUUUGUCUCCCUUGCGAUCUUCUGAUCGGAGGAAGAUUGCAGACCAGAUUAUCAGCGAUUAUGAGAUAUCCGCUCCUACAAAUCCUGCCACGACCUCCGAUGCUUCCCCUGGCCCAACCUCAUCCUUGAACCUGACCGCAAUUCGAAACUCACUCCUCCCAGAAAAUGUGUUGACUGCACGCUUUACCACAACUGCAGGUCCAGAUUUACAAAAGGUCCAAGGCAUUGUGUACGUUGGCGCACAUUCGGACGAGGACGAGCGAGUGUUGUGGUUUAAGGUGGAACAAGGGCCUGGCAGCAACAAGCGCCUCUAUCCGACUGUCUACACUCUCUGGCGUUAUGCAAACUUGCUUCCUUUGCUAUAUACCCCGGAGAUGGUGAUGCAGAAGCUUCGUGGUGGAGCAGAUCUUAUGACUCCCGGACUUGCAAAUGAACCACCUUUCCCCGAGAAGGCAAAGCAGGGAGCUGUGGUUGCUGUUGCAAGUCUGGAUAGCCAUACUGUACCACUCCUCGUGGGCAUCUGUGAGAUUGAUGUCUCCGCUCUAGGGAAGGUCCAGGGUACCAAGGGGCAUGCUGUUCGGGGUAUUCACUGGGAAGGUGAUGAACUUUGGGCCUGGAGCGCUUCAUCGCGUCCUGGACGGCCAGCUCCCGAGUAUCUUCAGGGAUGGGACGAAGAGGUCGAGGAAGUUACAGAAGCAGCUGGUGGCUUGACACUGAAAGAUCAAGAGGAAGAAAUUCCUACCAAUGAUGACAUUGAUGACUCUGCAGAAGAGCCUGUCACCGAGGAACAGGAACCAACAACGAAAGACAUCGACGAUGCAUUUGUCAAUGCCUUUGUCUUCGCCCUUUAUCAGCUCAAACAAGACAAUCCCACUGCUACGAACCAUAAUCUCACACUCCCAGUCUCAGCCUCAAUGUUGAUCGCCAACUUAAUCACCCCCUACCUUCCAGUAUACUCAUCACAGCAGGCGCAAUUCUACAACAUUAAAAAGACCAGCUGGAAAAAUGUCAAAAAGUUCAUCAAGCAUCUUGACAAACUGAAACUGGUCAAGUCUAAAGACCGCAAUGGCCAGGAAACAGUGAUUUUGGAUGUCGACUUUGAUGAUCAUCGCGUGCAGAGAUUUGUUCCUUAUAAACUACCCUCAGCCGAUAGCUCUAACAAGCCAGAAGGCAAGAAGACUGUUGUCACAGAUGACGCAGAUCCAUCAGUGGGACAGACUCUCACAAUCCAAUCUCUUUACCGGCCCACAGGGAAACUCAUGCCAGAUAUCUUCCCAGCGCUCUCAACCGCCAACACCAAAAACUAUUACAAGCACGCCGAAGUUUCUAGUCACCUAGAUAAGUACCUCCAGGCUCAAGACCCACCUGUUGUUGCACGUGAAAACCGACGCAUCAUCACUCUGAACCCGUUCCUCGCAAAUACCAUUUUCACCUCCACUUCCUCCGAUGAUCAAAGCACCCUACGACGCGGAAUGGUUACUCGAGAUGCCCUGCUGAAGCGGCUGGUGGAAGAUCCCUCCCUACUUCAACCAUACUACGCAUUUCUGAAGCCUGGUCAAACCCUAGCGGAUGUGAAGCCCAAGUCAGGAACCCCGCCCAAAGUAUCAGUUAUUCUCGAGAAGCGCACAGGCUCAAAGACCGUUACUAGAGUGAGCAAUUUAGAGAUCUUUGGUAUUAUCCCUGCUGUCCUGGCAGAGGAGCUACAGAAGAAGUGUGCUAGUAGCACUAGUGUGACACAGGCUGUUGGUGCUACAAAGGGCGUGAUGGAGGUUCUCGUUCAAGGGGACCAUCGCAAGAUCUUGGACACGGCGCUCACGCGCCGUGGAUUGAAAAGCCAGUGGAUAUCGGUAGUGGAUAAGACCAAGAAAAAGAAAUAG